GCUGCAGAACUUACGUUACAUUGUUUGAAGAAGUAUGUCAUUGACUUUUAUUUAAGUAAACGUCCUUUUGUUAUUAGCAUUCACGUCAUCUCCGGCAUUUUCUAUUGCUGCGUUUCGUCGAUAGUCGAUCUCAGGAGCGCUGCAAUCGCUGCUUUCAACUCCACAAAGCGGGCAUAAGCGGGCACGUGUAAUGGCUGCGUGCGCCCAGUUACAAUAAAUUCCCGUAAACAGUAAAACAUUUGAGGAAUAGCAAAAUCAACCCCGGCGUUCGUCGAUUUCCGACUCGCUAUGGGUGCCUACUUGUCGGAGCCAGUAACGGAGAAGUUCUCCUGCAACGAGACGGGGAGCCGUAUAUCAUACGGCGCGUCGUCGAUGCAAGGCUGGCGAAUGAGCCAAGAGGAUGCCCACAACACGAUCUUGAAUUACGAUCGCGAGACGUCGUUUUUCGCUGUCUACGACGGUCACGGUGGUGCCGAGGUGGCCAAGUAUUGCGCCAUGAAAUUGCCCGACUUCGUCAAGACACUGUCAUGCUACAAGGAAGGGAACCUUGAGGAAGCGUUACGGGAGGGCUUUCUUCAGUUUGAUGCCAGCCUGGUGACUGCCACUGGCCUCAGCGAGCUGAAGGCACUAGCCGGGACGAGUUCCGACGACUCAGGGGAAGCGACUCCGGAAGAGGGUGAGGCGGACAUGCUGCACGCCGAAGCCACAAUGCCCAUCGAAGACCUCCUAGCACGCUACAGCGGCAGAGUGAAGGAAGUUGUGUGCGAAGAGAAAGAGAGUGGAAAGAAAGGCGAAGGAGAUGUGGGCGAUGGAAGCACUGCUGUUGACAAACCAGAAUCUCAGACAGGGGAGAAGCUCGUCAACGGGGAGAGCUUGCAGGAAGAGCAGUCAGUGCAGAAAGCUGACGAUAAAGUCAAAGCUGGAGGCUCCUGCGACACUGAGGCAGGGAGCUCGGCAUCGCCAUCAGGGUCUGCAGGUGCAGCCGACGAGCAGCCGGAGUCCGGGAGGAGAUCGUCACGUCGGAACUGGAAGCCCUACAUGGCGCUGGUCGCUGACCAGGACGCAUCGUCCGAUUCCUCAGAGAGUGGGGAGGACGAGGAAGAGUCUGAGGAAGAGGAGGAGGUUGAGGAGGAGGAGGAGGAAGAAGAAGGAGAGGAGGAAGCAGACGGGGAAGAUGAAGCAGGUUGUGGCGGCUGGAACGAGCGACUGAAGCGGAGACUUAGCCAACUCAACACAUUGCCAACUGGUGAUACUGAAACAGCUGGCUACGACAGUGGCUGCACAGCCGUUGUUGGUCUCGUUCGAGGGCAUCACCUCGUGGUGGCAAACGCAGGCGACUCGCGCUGCGUCGUCUGCCGCUCUGGACAGGCUCUGGACAUGUCGCUUGACCACAAGCCAGAGGAUGCUGCGGAGUACAACCGCAUCCGCAAUGCCGGCGGUCGCGUCACAAAGGAAGGGCGGGUCAAUGGCGGCCUGAACCUCUCUCGAGCCAUAGGUGACCACGCAUACAAGCGGAACAAAGAUCUCGAGCUGCGGGAUCAGAUGAUCACCGCACUUCCUGAUGUCAAGACCCUUGACAUCAAUCCUGCCACAGACGAUUUUAUGGUCUUGGCCUGCGAUGGCAUCUGGAACAACAUGACGAGUCAAGAGGUGGUAGAUUUUGUGAAGCGUGAACUGGACAAGGGUACUUCUCCACUGUCCAAGAUCUGUGAAAUGCUAUUUGAUGCUUGCCUCGCCCCGGACACAACAGGCGACGGCACAGGGUGUGACAACAUGACUUGCAUCAUUGUACAGUUCCAUCAAGACAAAGACAGUGGCGACCAUGUCGCCAAUGGCAACAGGGGACAGAAGCGGCCAGUAUCUCCAGACGGUGGAACCCUUGAGGGGGCCGAGAAGUCCGAAAAUGACAGCGUAGAAGAGACUCCAUCAAAGCGGCGCCGUGCUGACGGUUCUGCAACUACCAGUGAUGUUGAAGCCACUCCUAACGGUGCCAAAGCGACAGAAGUGACAGAUGCAUAGACGUACAAACUCUGGCAUUCUUAGUUUGUUCCCCCUUUUUUUCUUUUAUAUAUAUAUACUAUAUAUAUAUAU